AUGGCUUCGACUCGAAGUUCGAGGGAGUCCUCGCCGCUGCUGCGGACGACCAGUGCAGCGUUAAGUCCGUCGCAGAAACUAUCAGCCACCCCCAAUACCUCGUCGCUUCCCCUCUCCGAGCCCGUGCGCGCCCCCGGUCACACAGAUGAGGGGUCGGCCUUCUCGUCUUUCUUGGGACUUGCUACGACUAUGACGGGUGCUUGUGUUUUGACUCUCCCGGGCGUCGUACAGGCUGUGGGGCAGAUCCCCGCUCUGCUGCUGUUCGCCAUGAGCGCGUGGCUAGCUUUCCAUGCCUGCGAGAUGCUCAGCGUGUGCUGUGACGCCGCCUGCGAGUUCUCGUACGAGGCGCUGAGCUCCCGCCUCUUCGGUGCGUCCGGUGUAUGGGCCGUGCGGCUAUUAACACUUGCACUUCUAUUCGGUGCCAUCGUGAGCUACAUGGUCAUCGCCAUGGACUUGUUCGAGCCUUUCUUGGUGGAUUUCAUGAGCCGCAGGACAAUCAGCCUUACCUUCAUGCUCGUGGGCAUCCCGAUUUGCCUUCCAGAAACCAUCCACGAGCUCCGCUUUGCCAACAUGUUGGUGCUACUGUGUCUGCUCUACAUCCUUGUGGCGCUCGGUAUCCGAACAGCGCAGAACGACCCCGAUUUCGCAGCGAAGAUCCCAAGAAACCCAGCGGAUGAGUUCAACUCGGAGCUCGCGGCGCUCUCGUAUGCUCUCCCCAUUGUUACUUUAAGCUUCGUGUGUCAACUCAAUGUUCCGCGUGCGUACCAGGAAAUCCACGACAAAACGCAGAUGACAAACGUGCACAAGGCGCUGGUGGGUUGGGGACUCUUCGUCUAUCUUCUCUUUGCGUACCUGGGCUACGCGUGCUUCCACGGACAGCCACCCAGCGACAUCCUGACUGGCUUUGACGCCGAUGAUACGCUUAUCAAUGGAGCUCGCCUAGCGCUGGGUGUCAGUAUGGUGUUGAAGACGCCCAUGACUUUCCAGCCGCUGCGUCAGCUUGUGGAGAUUUGCUGUUUGGGUCACGACCGAGAGAGCCUUCCGUUCCGCACAGCUAUCACGGUCGUCUUUCUGCUGGUCGCCCACUUGUUCUCAAUAUCCUCGCGCAACUUGGGCACUGUAAUGGCAUUUGUCGGCUCUGUGGCAGGCAACGUGCUUGCACUAACAGUCCCUGGACUCUUCUUGUAUGAAGUGUCGCGUGGGUAUCUCGUGGAGCGUGACGCGUUCUACUCUCCGCGUCUGGCGCUCGUUUUUGCGUACGCUGGGGCCGUAUUCUCGGCAGCCUCGCUCACUUACCUUUCGUACAAUGCGCUGGUGGGUUGA